AUGAGUGAGCGCCAGCAACCAGACGCCUCGAGCAGUAAUACUGAAAUCGAUCAACCCCACACGGAAAAGUCCCCCGAUACCCCCGACCAGGUAACUGAGGUAGCUGGCCAACACAACGAUGAGAAUUUAACGGAAAAGACAACAGAGGGUGCGCCUCUAGACCACGCACCCUCCCAGGCAGCAAAAAUGGGCAAGAAAAAGAUCAUUGUCGUGAUGAUGGCGCUAUGUUUGGCUCUAUUCUUGGCAGCUUUGGAUAUGACUAUUAUUUCCACCGCCCUUCCCACUAUUGCCGCGCAGUUUGGUGCCUCGGAGAGCGGUUUCUCAUGGAUCGCAUCGUCAUAUCUCCUGGCGAAUGCCGCCUGUAUCCCUCUGUGGGGUAAGAUCAGUGAUAUCUGGGGAAGAAAGUCUAUCAUUGUCUUGGCAAAUGUUGUCUUCCUGGUUGGCAGUCUGAUCUGCGCUUUGGCGCAUAAUAUGGCCACGAUUAUCGCCGGUCGAGCGGUUCAGGGUGUCGGUGGUGGUGGUAUCAUUAUCCUGGCUAAUAUCAGUGUUUCGGAUCUCUUCAGCUUGAGAGAUCGUCCGAUGUACUAUGGUCUUUUCGGUGCAACCUGGGCCGUCGCAGGCGCUCUUGGUCCUGUUAUUGGCGGAGCUUUCACGACGGAAGUGACUUGGCGCUGGUGUUUCUAUCUCAACCUUCCGGUUGGAGGUGUCUCGCUUGCUAUCCUUGUCCUCUUCCUUCACAUUGAAUCGCCCAAGACUCCAUUCUGGGCUGGUCUGCGCUGCAUUGAUUGGACAGGAACGUUCUUGAUCAUCGGCGGGACGCUGAUGUUCCUCUUCGGCCUGGAGUUCGGAGGUGUCAACUACCCCUGGGCCUCACCUACUGUCAUCUGUCUAAUUGUCUUCGGUGUGUUAACUUGGGCUCUGGCAAUGUUCCUGGAAUGGAAGGUUGCCAAGUUCCCAAUCAUUCCCCCGCGACUGUUCAACGAGUGGUACAACAUUCUCAUCCUGCUCGUUUGUUUCUGCCACGGCUUCGCUUUCAUCGCCGCUACCUACUAUCUGCCGCUUUACUUCCAAACAGUCCUCCAAGCGACUCCCAUUCUGAGUGGUGUGUAUGUCCUGCCUCUGGUGUUGUCUCUUGCAAUCGGCUCCGCGGCCACGGGUGUCGUUAUGAAGAAGACUGGUCGCUUCCGCGAGCUGAUCAUCGGCGGUAUGACCUUGAUGUCUCUUGGAUUCGGACUUUUCAUUGACCUCAAGGCCUACGCUUCAUGGCCCCGUAUCAUCAUCUACCAGUUAAUCACUGGUAUCGGUAUUGGUCCUAAUUUCCAGGCACCUUUGGUCGCUUUCCAAGCCAACAUCCGCCCUGCCGACAUGGCCACGGCAACAGCCACUUUCGGCUUUGUCCGUCAACUUUCCACUUCCAUGUCCGUUGUUCUAGGCACUGUCAUUUACCAAAACAUCAUGAGCCAACAAUCAGCCAAGCUCAUCGCCGCCCUAGGCGCUGAAGAUGCUGCAAUUGUUUCUGCCUCCUUUAGCAGCUCUUCAAAGGCCCUUAUCAAGAGGCUUACUCCCUCCCAGCGCAAGGUCGUUAUGGAAGCCUUCACACAUGCCCUGAACCGCAUGUGGAUCUUCUACACCGCCAUCGCUUGCCUUGGCUUCGUUCUCGCUUUGUUAGUUCGCCGCCGUGAGCUGACCCGCCAUCACACCGUCCAGAAGACCGGUCUUGCUGAGCAAGAGCGUGCCCGCCAGGAGCUUAUCGACUCUCAGCGAAAGGCUGACUCGAAGCCCGAAAUCGAGGCCUAA